AUGCUGGGGGCAAGUUGUUGGCAGGAUUCCACAAAAGGGGAGCGCCUCAGUGGUAUCGAAGCCACAAACUGCGAACACGUCUUCUCGGGCGUGGUCACUCAGGCCGACAGCGAUGAGCUGACACAGGAGAUGCUGGCCGCCAUGAUGCGAGAGGCUGACACAUCCAAUCCAACACCCAAAUCGCCCGGCGCGACUCUGCUGGACACGCCGGAGGAGGAUUUGCUUUCCUUGAAAGAUCGGGUGCGGCUUGCUAUGUAUUCCAAGCUCGAGGAUGGCUCCCUAGAACAGGCUGUGCAAGUGGCAGCUGACGCUGGAGGUGCGCAGCACUUCUCAGAUGUGCCGCCACCGCCACCACCAGAGGACCUCUGCGAAGAGGACCAGGAGCUGAAAGAGCCAGAAGUGGAGCCGGUACCGGCUGAGGAGACGCGGCGGCCCACGCCGCAGGACCUGGCAGCACUGCGGCGGCGCACCGCAGAGCUCCUGGCCCAGGCCGCAGACUCGGGCGGCUUGGGAGAGAUCCUCGCGGAGGUGAAGCGCGAGAUGUUCCUCGAAGUCCGGCAGCGCGUCGCAGGGCUCCUGACGGAGGCUGCGGACAACGGCGACUUGGAGAAGAUCUUGGAAGACGUAAAGGGUCCUCCGCUUCCGCAGGAGUUCGCCGAGAAGGAGACAAGCUUGCGGCAAAAGGCUGCGCGGCUGCUCACGGAGGCAGCAGACACAGGGCUGUUGGAGCGCGUGCUUCAGAAGGGCCUCGAAGGGCACAUUCAGGCAGAGGCAGAUCGGUUUGAGCUCGAGCGUAGGGAGGACCGCCAAGUUUGCCACGAGGCGCCUGACCAAGAUCUCGCAGAAGUCCGUGCCGCCGCCAAGGCGGCGCUUCUGGAGGCAGCCGAGACGGGAGCUUUGGAGCGCGCGGUGGCUGAUCUGAAGGUAAAAAAGCCUUUGGAGAAGUCGAAAGAGGACACAAAAAGCAAAGCUGCUGCGCUUCUCUGCGAGGCGGCUGAGUCGGGGCGCCUGCAGCAGGCGCUCUCCGAGGUGAGGCAAACGUUUACGGUUUCCCAAAAAGAGGCCCUGCUGGCUGUACGGCAGCGCGCAGCGGGGCUCCUCUCAGAGGCUGCAGUGGACGGUAAGCUGGAAAGGAUCUUGACCGAGAUCGGGAAGGAGGAGAUCCAAACUAGCCGCCGGGUCGAGGUGGACGUGCGCAGUAAGGUCCGGACGCAGCUGCAGGAGGCUGCUUUGGACGGCCGGUUGGAGGCUGCGCUGGCCAACGCUUCAGAGGACCGUGCCCUCGACAGCCUCAGGCCUCAGGAGCCUCAGGAGCCUCAGGAGGCUGCGCCACAUGCUGCGCCGGCGGAGGCUGCACGACAGAGGAUCAGGGCGCGGCUCUUGGAAGGGCUGGAGGAUGGACGUCUGGAGCAGGCUGUGGCGAAGGAAGCGAAACAUGCGAGCGCAGCGAAAGUGACGAGUGCGGUGACGAAGGUGACGAUGGAGGAGUUCUCGGCCAAGAUGUUCCUGGAGGCCUUUGCUGAAAAAGGCCAACGGUUGCAGAGUCUGCUGCGCAGCAUCGCCGAGGCCGAAGUGCAGAUCCGUCUGCGGGAGCAGCGCUGCCAGCAGCUGCAGGCUCGAGUGUCUGAGAACAAGCUGGAGCUGGCGCACUUGGACCUAGACUCCGAGUGGUGCGCCAAGCUGCUCGAGUCUGCCGAGGAGCGGCGCAAGGCUCUGCAGCAGAGCCAGAGGAGGCUCUUGGGCACCCUGCACGGGAAGAUGCACGAGCUUGCGAGUGCGAGCUGA